AUGGGCGAAUCAAUGGCUUUUGAUCUCAGCAGAGAACUUUCUGCUCCUGCUGACACUCCCGGUGUUUUGGCGAAAGAAUACACUUUGGAUAUUCCAAGAAUACCAAGCGUCGAACUUCCUCUGAAGGUUUCAGGGUCGCAAGCGAGUGUGGUGAGGGCAAUAGAGAUGUGUGGAGGGCUGCAUGAAGUGAAAAAGGCCUUGAAUGCUCACAAAGAUACCCACGAGGGCUUAGAGCUUUUUUUGAAUCGCGAACCUAAAAGCGAUGAGCCAUGUACGUUUUUCAAUGAGCAUCCGAUUGUUGGAAGACUUGUUCCGCAGCGCAAUGAGUCCAUUGUAAUGAAGGUGUCACUUCCAAGAGGUACACUUAAGGCGUGUGGUGGUGAUCUUCGUAAGGCAUUAGCUUCACUACCGUCAAAUAAACAGAAAAUCGUGCCCGUUGGGAUCAUCAACAACACCAUCAGAUUUCGCGAAAUGUCAGAUUUUCAGGUAAGACUCGAUAACGUGCCUUCAGCUUGCGAGUUCAACGAAAGCAUUGCAUUGCAAGACUGGGAAAGCAUUCAGCAGUACGUCAACAGCAUUCCCGAUCAGGAUACCAGGCCAUUCGAAAACAUCAACAAUCUAGUGGUGAACCGGAACACUCAAACCCCAAGCACAGAUUUCCAGCUACCGCCACCACCAAGACUUUCCAUGGUCAACAUUCCGUUUAUUUAUAAAUUCCGAGGCAACCCCUACGCUACGAAAUCGUCAAGCGGAGAGUCAACCGUUCGAGGCACUUAUCUAAAGAAUUACCAACAGCUUGUACACAGCUUUGGCGAAAGCGCUGAAGUUCCCACAGCUGCACAUCCGUCUCUACAAAAAGAUUACCAAAAGGCCAAAGAAACAGGCGUGUACCCAGGGAGCAACAAAGAUUCGAAGUUCUAUGAGAAAUUAGAACAAUGCAUAGCAAUUCUAGAUGAAGCCUUCAAAACGCGACCCAUAUGGGUAAAACGUCACAUCGAUGGUCUGAUACCGCAGGACCUCCACGGGACGCUGAAAAUCGCCUUGUCGCUAGUAUCUUAUCGGUUCACGAAGGGCCCCUGGAGGAACACUUACAUUAGGUUUGGUAUUGAUCCGCGCAGCUCUUCGCAGUUUGCUAAGUUCCAAACAGAAUAUUUCAAGGUAGAAAGUCGGCUUCAAAAAUGGCCACUCGCGGCCAAGAACAUUCCACAACCACCAUCAAAGUACUACGUCAGCAACAAAGCGGGAGGAAUUGACACUCGGUUUUAUUUCGAUGGCACAAAUGUGCCGUGGUAUCUCAUGCUUCAAAUCGAUCUACUUUUAGAAGAACAAAAUAUUGCAGAUGUUGUUGCUGGCGCUACCUAUCUGGACAAACCAACAGAAUUAACGGGAUGGUUUCAGGAAUUGGACUUGACCAAAAUCAGAAAAAUUGUCAAAUACGAACUGGGCUGUCUUGUCCAGGGCAACUCACAGUUUAGCGAACACAAGCUCAAAUUUUUCAAAAACAUGCUUUACACGAAGGAGUCUAUGAUGAAUACUAAGGACAAAAGCCCUGACGCUGACGGCGACAUUCAAAUGACGAAUUCCAACAGCACAUCUGAAGAAAAUGACGAGAUCAUGGCUAAAGACCAAGCAAAUGAAGAGGACGAGGACGAUGACAAUGGCGUCGAAGCCGGAGAGCUUGAUGACGCAGUCUUGGAACAGGAAGAAGAAGAAGCAGAAGAGCAAGAAGAUAUAGACUUUGAAAAUCUCCAGUUUCAGCCCCCAAAAUCCAAAUCCACCGGUACUGAAGCAGACGGCGACUCACUAAAUCCCAAUUUUGACGUCACAACUGCUAGCUUCAAGGAAAUAAUAUCUCAAAUAAGCCAAAGAGAUCCUGACGCAGCUGCAAAUCUUGCAAAAAACUUUGAUGGGUUUGUUUUUGAAUCAGAGUUGGAAUCUUGA